AUGCAGAUUCAGCCACCACCAAAAAAGAAAAGAAUGAAUCUUUUCGAGGAUCCAGGAGAAGGGUCAUGGAGAAAAGGAAACUUCAAUGAUGAAAAAGAUGAUUUGAAUGGGCACUUAACAUAUGCUCCAUUGUGGCUGGCCUGUGCUGGUUCCCAAGCUUCCAUUCCAUGUGAAAAUGACCAAGUUUUCUACUUCCCUCAAGGUCAUCUACAACAGAUUGAAGAAGCUUGUAAAGAGAUUGAUGAUCAUAUGGUGAUGCCGAUCUAUAAUAUUCCAAGCAAAAUUCCUUGCAGAGUAGUCAAUGUUCUGUUAAAGGCUGAAGUGAAUGAUGAGGUUGUUGCACACAUUAAUUUGUUUCCUCUUAAAGCUUAUGAUGAAAUAAAGCUGCAGCAGCAACAAGGAGCUGGUGGUUCAAGUUUUGAAGAUGAAGACUUGAAUAAUAAUAAUAAGAAGAAGAAUGCUGAUUUCAGCUAUUCUUUCUGCAAGAAGCUCACCCCAUCUGAUAGUAGCACUCAUGGUGGAUUCUCGAUUCCAAAGCGACAUGUUCAAUGUUUCCCGCCUUUGGACAUGAAACAAGAUCCCCCAUCAAUGGAACUGGUGGUGAAGGAUUUGCAUGGAGUGGAAUGGAAUUUUAAUCAUAUUUAUCGUGGGACACCAAAGAGGCACUUACUUACUGGCGGUUGGAGUUCUUUUGCCAGCACUAAGAAGCUUGUUGCUGGUGACACUUGCAUAUUCAUCAGAGGGGCAAAUGGGGAAUUACAUGUUGGAAUUCGCCCAACACUAAGAAAUCCGUAUACAGAUCGUUCAGUAACCAUGCAGAACAUUAAACAUGGCCUUUUAUCAAAUCUAACCUCUGCCUUUUCUUCCUCGUCAAUAUUUACUGUCUAUUACCGUCCCUGGUAUAGUCCUGGCGAGUUUAUGAUACCAUGUGACCGUUUUAUGAAUUCAACCGCUCUUAACUAUUCAAUCGGAACAAGAUUCAAAAUGCAAAUUGAAAACCGACAAUGUCUUGUUGGAGCAGUAGGAAGAAGCUCAAAAGUUACAGGUACUAUAGUUGGCGCCAAAGUAAUUGAUCCUGUCCGUUGGCCUGAUUCAGAAUGGAAUUGCCUAAAAGUGCAAUGGGAUGACUCUUUACCUUUCGAGACACCUCCUCUUCCUCUACCCCAAAGGGUUUCUCCAUGGUGGAUUGAACCUGAGAAUGAUCAGAAGGUUAAUCCAUCUAUCUGUUUCCCCCCCAAAACUAGAGGCUGCAAACUAUUUGGAGUUGACAUUAGUGUUAACAAUUAUCAAGACCAGUUUUUUCCAGCUCCAGUUCCACCACCAGCAGCAGCAGCAGCUUUCGAGAUGUGUAUUAAUAAUAAUCAGAGCAAUCCCCGGGUCAAGAGUAGAAGAACUUGCACAAAGGUAAGGAAACAUGGAACAACUAUUGGGAGAUCGGUUGAUUUGUCGCGCUUUGAGAACUACAUUCAACUCACUUGGGAGCUUGAUCGUAUGUUUAAUUUGAAAGGAAUAUUGAUACUUAACUUGGGAUGGCGAGUGAUGUACGAUUAUAUGGAUGGUGAAAGGAUUGUAAGGAGGAUUAUUGGAAAUUGUCCAUGGCAAGAAUUUACAUCCAAAGUGCAGACAAUUUUGAUUAUUCCUUUCAAGAGGGGAGAAGCAUCUCCGUCUUGGGCAAUUGGAUGCUGA